AUGAAAACACAGUAACGAUUCGUCAAAAGCGCUGAACAGUUCGUGUCGCUAGAAACUAAAAAAGGGAACUUAAAUUUACUACGAGUACUUGCAACUCUGCAACUUCCACAAUAAACAUGUCUGCCGCAAAUAAAGUCAACUAUCUGGUCGGUGCCACCUCACGCUACAUUGCCGGCCGUAAUGCCGUACAAACAGUUUACUGGCGCACCUCCGCCGGACCAAAUCCCCGCAUGCUGAAGACGAACAAGACCUGCGAAUUCGAUCGCAGCACGGUGGCGCCACAGAGCGUACGGAUGCAGAAAUAUAAUCGUAGCUUUAUCAACAAAUAGACGACCGUCCAUCCAUGACGCACCUGAGGCCAUACAUUUAGUUCCAUGUUCUAUUAUUUAAGUAUUAUAUCAAAGUGAACGUUGCUGUCGCAAUAAUGUGCAGCACAUGCCACAAAAAGUGGCAGAAAAAAACAAAUAAAAUACGAGACUAAAUAAGUAGUUAAUUAUAGUGAAAAAGAAAA